UCCUUCACCCACAGCAGAAUGGCGGCUCUUUUGGAAUCGCUUCUCUUACAGAAAGUGGACAUUAAAACGGUCUUGGGCUGGCUAAAGAAAGAAGAGGAUGGAGACAGGCUGGCAUUCAGAGAACCUGGAGUGACAGUUCACAAACAAGAAUUUGUCCCAUUUCUUUUAAACUUCCUGAGAGAACAGAGCAGCCAAGCGUUAACCCAUGGCCCUGCCACGCCAGCCAAGACCCCCAGCCGCCCCAGACCUGCAGCACAGACACAGACCUUCACUGACAGGAGGGGUUGCAGGUCAGGUGGAGGUGGUGGUGGAGCUGGUUCGCGUAGUGCCAGCAGGGUCCAGCUAUUCUCUCCUGCCCCCUCAGUGUCACCUGGAACUGAGUGGGAUGCUGCCGGUCAGUCAGGGUCCCACUCUCUGAGUGGGCUCAAUGCCUUCAGCAGCCCGUCCUUUAGCACAGGAUGGAGCCCCGUCCCCAGGCCUGCAGGCUCUGAGCGCCGGUCUGGUCAGAGGAUCAGUCUGGGGGACUACAUGGUUUCUCCUCCUGAGCUCCAGAACAGCCCCGGCUACCAGUCACAGAAGGGCCGCAGGAGAAGUGGUGGCAGCAUGGCAGCAGGGGGACAAGGGAAAUAUGGAGGAUGGCGUGGAGGGCAUCACAGUGAUGAUACAGGACGGUGGGAGAGCGGGGGCAGGCGGUUCGGUAGAGGAGGAGGAGGAGGAGGAGGAGGAGGAGGGAACAGUAGGAUAAGCGAGCAGGUUUCACCUCCAUCUGUGGGGCAGCUCAACUUCAACAACUUGGAGGACUUCCCUCCUGUAGGAUCGUCCCCCAUUUCACCAGCGGCAUCCAAACCAUCACGAAGAAUAAACCCAACGCCAGUCAGUGCGGAGCGGCCACAUUCCAAACCAAAGACCUGCUUCACCUCCACCCCAUUCAGUGAAUCUAAUAGUCCCUCCUUAGCUGUAGAGACACUUGAGGGGUCGAUGACAGCAGGCAGUCCACUGAGCCUACAGGAAGAGAGGGAGCUUCUAAAGAGGGAAAAGACAAAGCGAGCUCAGCAGGUCGGCUCUCCUCUGCCGUCCUCUCUGGACCCUUGCACCCCGACCAAGUCAGGGCUUAGGAUGGGAUCUAAAGUUACACCAGAUCUGCAGACACCGUGUCCUGAACCAUCCAAAGUCACUUUCUGUUUGGAACUGGAUCUCCUUGCAGAGCUGUACUGUACCUGCAUUUCUGAAAAUCUUGUGCCAAACAUUUUCCUGGAGCUCUUCUUUGUGGUGCAGCUGCUAACGUCUCGGUCUCCUCACACUCAUGAUGAUGAUGAACAGGACAGUCUGUGUGCGAUGAAUUCAGACGUCCUGGAGAGAUGUUACCUGAGACAAGUACACAACUGUGUGUACUUUGCAGUGAAGGUUCUGGAGAAUCAGUUUCAGUUGGUGGCUCAUUUGGACAAGUGUACUUUGCGUCUGCUGGCAGAGAAUGAAAGAGUGGCGUCUUUCUCUCCAGAUCUAAGGGACCGUCUGACACAGGCCCAAGACAGAAGCACAGCCAAGCUCUCUCCAUCUGUUUCCACUUUCAUCCACUCGGUCCCGUUCCAGCCUGCGACCGACAACCGGUCCAACUUCGGCAGCGACAAGGCCUUCCACACCUUUAAAAAACAGAGGGAUAUUUUUUAUGAGGUGUUACGAGAAUGGGAGGACUUUCACAAAGAGCAGGGGUGGAGCUUUGAUGCUGCUCUCGGCAGUAGGAUAAGAGGAAUGAUGAGUCAGCUGACCUCUGCAGGAAACCAUUCCCAUUUUGCUCGUCUGUUCCUGAAACAGCUUGUUCAGAUGUGUAAAGGCCCCCGUGUGAACAGCUCUCCUGGGGACACUCCCGAUGCGGACCUGCUAGGCAUGCUAGGAGCCGACAGCCUGGGGCGUCUGAAGCGCCUUGAGGAGCGUCUCAUUCAGCCUCAUGGAGUUGUCGGCCCCUGCCCUCCUCCAUCCUUCCCUGGUCACCAGGAGUUCUUCAGGGAUUUCCUGCAGACAGCGAGCUGCUGUCAGCUGAACCAGCACUUGCAGGACAGCCUGUGUCAGCAGCUCCUCCAGCUGGAUGAGGUGUCCAUCCAGAGCCCUCCCGCCUCCAUCGGGGAGGCCGAGGAGGAGGGAGACGGUGACAUGGAGCAGCAGGAUGAGAAGCAGCGAUUCACCUCUGUGCUCCUCCUUGCGCGUCUUCUGGCUAAGUUUCUGGGCUUCAUUUCCUUUCUGCCUUACCAAACAUCUGAGAGACCGUCCAGGGAGAUACAGGAGACUGCUCUCGCCCUGCGCAGCAAGAGUGUUCCAGUGCUGGACGUGUGCGCUGUGCUGAGUAAAAGUAUGAAGAGGAGGCGCACCAUCCUGACAGUGCCCUGGCUGGUGGAGUUCCUCUCCAUGCUGGACUUUAUUGGUCCUCUGCUGACCUGCUACAGGACUGCACUGGGCACACUGCUACUCCUGUACAGGAGGAUGCUGCUGGGCAGGUGUGAAGAAGUGUGUUACCUGAACAAGCUGCUGAUGGUGUCAGUGUUGGGCUGGCUUUUCCAGAUCCCAGUGAUUCCUGAGGACAUUUUCUUCACCAGCGAAUUCACUGAGGUAGCGAAGCUGGAGGACGGCGUCACGACUGCUGCGGGGCUUGACUGCAUCCUCCUGGUGGAUCAGCAGCUGCUCUAUACAUGUUGUCCAUUUCUUGGUGAGUUCCGUAAGCUCCUCGCUGCCUUUGUGUCGGGAAGCGCAGCCAAGAGUGGAGGAAUUAUCCGCAAGAUCACCCCCACUUCUGCUGAGCUUAAGGAUACGCCAAGCGCCAACAGGUCGCAGCAGAAACUACAGGUGGACCUCGAGCAAGCCUUCUUCCACAACCAGCCUCCAUCGCUGCGUCGCACCGUGGAGUUUGUAGCUGAAAGAGUUGGAUCCAACGCUGUCAAGCACAUGAAGGCCACAUUAGUGAGUGAGCUGGUGGAGCGAGGUGAGAAGAUGCUACAAGAUGGACUGAAGUCACCAAACUCAAAUUCUUCAACUCUGAAUGACACCAUCUGUGCUCAGCUGUGUGUCGCAGGAUUGGAGGCCCUGGGAAGAGCCACCAGAUUUUGCUCUGAAAAGAGUCCUGAGGCCAUACGAAUCCUGCUCCCAGACGAGACCUCUCCUGCUGUACUGACCACGUCUGAAAACAUCACCAAACGUCUUGCAACAGAGAAGGCAUGCAGCUGGCUCUCCGCCAACAUCACAGCCCUGAUAAGACGAGAGUGGAAGAACCGGUAUGAUCGCGUGAUGAAGGCGGCGGGCAGCCCGGCGACUCCAGACUCGAGGAACGCGGAGGGCGCUGUGGUGGAGCUGGUCUCCCAGGAGCAGGCGACGACUCCCAAGAGGAAACAGGGGAGCGAGAGAGUGACAUCCUGCCCUCCACACUGCAACCACAGCGCUUCACUGCCCUCUGACAUCCUCAUUGAGAUGAAGGAGUUGCUGAGCAUAGCAGUCGGCCCAAGGACUGACGAGGAGCUGCUGAAUGCCAAUCAGAUCCGAACGCUGCUGCAGAGAGUGUGCGACACACUAGCCUGCAGAAAGUUCUCAUCUGGGGUGUCAGAGCAGAUGCUACUGAACACUACUGUCCUACUGGCCUGCAAACUGGUGUCAGCAGAGCUGCCGGUGCCGUCUCAGUCACAGGGCAGCAAGGGUGAUGGGGUUGUUGUGGGUCCUGGUUCAGGAUCAGAGGCUCCUGUCAGAGCACUGCUGGAGCAGCUUGCUGAGCUGUGGGAAGAAGACUGCUGCUCCUUCGCCCCCCUCCACCUGCUCUUCACCCCGCUCACGGUCACUGCUGUGCUGAAGGCCAGCGACACUGAGUGGAACAACUACCUGUUCCUGGUUAGGAAGCUGGUCGACAGAGGAGUCCUGAGCGAGGAAGAGGUCAUAUCUCAUUGGAAGAAGCUAACAAACUUGGCCUUGCCGGCGGAGCUGAUAGAGAAUUUCCAGCUGCAGUCACAGAGUAUUAAGCCCCCCUUGCCUCUGGCUGAGUUGCAGAGCCGCAUGGACAUGCUGCAGGUCUCACAACAGACAGUAGAGGGUGCUACAUGACAGCGAUAGUAUUACAAUCCGGCUGAAUCCUCUGUGUGAUCACCACAGUGUUUUAUGUCACAUCUGUCAGUGUGUUAUCCAGAAGGGAGAUAGAUCUGGGGGACUUCUCGUUGUUGACCAUUUUUCGAUUUUGCCACUGCACAGAGCAUCAAAGCUGCUCCACAGAUGGCCUCUGCACAGGCUUUGCAAGCUUCACACUUUUGUUCUCCACCUGUGAAGUGACCGCAGCCUUUCAUGAAUCUGUCUGCUCUGGAAAGAACCAGAGAGCCCUGCCAGUCAGAAGUAGGUAGGGGACCACACCAUCUCACACCUUUAGAUCUGCUGAACUUUCCUGCAAGCAGACGUGGUAGAUGUUUGUGUCCGAAGGGAAAUACUACUAGAUGAAACAUUUCAAACAGUCAGGACCAGAGCAGAGAAUUGGCAAAGACAGAAGAAGGGUCAGUAUCAAACUCAAACUGAGUGACUUGUAUCGACCCUAAAGACCUCGACUCAUUAAAACAUCCCAAUUUUUACAUGUAGGAUUCCACAAGACGAGCCAUAGUUUGUCGAGAAAAACUUUUUACUAAAAAUGACUGAAAACUUUUUUUUUUCUUGUUGGUUUUUAAACUCACCAGAGGAAAUAAAAUGUAUUUGUUUUAGUACGGCACUUUCACACACUGCCUUUGACCGCCACUACUAGUGAUUAUCGCAUGUUUAUUUCAUGAAUGCAAGAUUGCGUUUGUGAUUCGUUUCUUAGUUCAUGUUGAACGAGCGCUGUAUUCCCUGCUGCUUUUUAAAAUGAAAUAAUUUUUUGUUACCUCAAAAAUAUUAAUAAAGAUGUAUUCUGGUUUUAAA